UGUGGCGUCAGGAGAGCCACCCCUCCUCACCAGGUUCUCCGGCAGUAUCGGGAACGUGACGGUGACGGUGGGGCGUGACGCUACCCUGUCCUGUACUGUAGAGGACCUGGGUGAACACAAGGUUGGAUGGAUACACCUCCAGCGUCAGAUGAUCGUAGCGGUGCACACCAGAAUGAUCUCCCGCAUCUCCCGCUACUCCGUCACCCACGACUCUCACAAGACCUGGACCCUUCACAUUAACGGGGUCACGGAGGAAGACAGCGGCUACUACAUGUGUCAGAUCAACACCAACCCCGCCCUAGCGCAAGUGGGUCUUCUACAGGUGGUGGUGCCACCCAACAUCGUGGAGAGCAGUAGUGAGAUACAGGUGAGGGAGAAGGCCAACGUGACCCUCAAGUGCUGCCAGGGUAACCCGGAGCCCAGGAUCAUGUGGAAGAGGGAGGACGGAGCCAUGAUCGUCACUAACACCAGAAACCCAGAGCCAGUCCACAACGGUCCGUCUCUCUCGCUGCUUCAGGUGAGCAGGACGCACAUGGGGGCUUACCUGUGUAUCGCCUCCAAUGGUGUUCCUCCUUCAGUGAGCAAGAGGAUCACCCUCGACGUGGAGUUCCCCCCACAGAUCCACGUCCCCAACCAGCUCGUCGGGGUACCCACUGGGGACAACGUUACUAUAGAGUGUUUCGUCGAGGCCUUCCCCAAGGCCAUCAGCUACUGGGUGAGGAAGGACAUGAUGAUCCUUAACUCAGAGAAGUAUCGCUCCGAGACCUUUGAGACGGUGUACAGGAUCCACAUGAAGCUCACUGUGUUCAACUUCUCGCGGGACGACAACACCACCUACAAGUGUGUGGCCAAGAACUCCCUGGGCGAGACGGAGGGCGACAUCAAGCUCAACGAAAUCUACAUGCCACCCAAGGCUAAGGAGAUCCGCAGUGGCAAGUCGAAGAGUGAAGGUAUUUGUACCCUGACCUACAAAGCGCCAAGCCCCAGGAAUGAAGAGUUCCGCCGCCAAAGAGAUACUCAAGGUGCCAGCCAAGGGACGGAAGCUCAACAACUCCCCAAAAAAGUACCCCAGUCAGCCUACCCCACCAACCACGGUUCAACAUAUCAUGACUGGUUAUUAGCAGAGGAAGCAUAA